AUGUCCGAUCUGGACGUCGCCAGCCACUACAACCUACCUUCCGAAUUCCCCGAAGAAUGGCCCGCCGCGUUAGACGAGGGCGAUGCAUCGGAUGAAGAGCCCCUGGAACGAACCAAGUCCCGACCCCGCAAAUCGCGCUACUUUGCUCUCGAACGAACCCCCAGCGAGUGGCGGAGUGGCUAUGGCUCGCAACGACGCGGAAAGGAUACUAGAGAGAAUGCGCAGAAUGAUGAGCCGGACCCAUUGGGAGGGGGGGAUAGUGUCUUACGUAUCUUGAAGCAAAAAGGCUUACGUCUUGAGGAAGAGGGGGGUAAACGCUCACGGUUUCUGUUAUCAUCGACCUCUUUCUCCCCCGCACUCUUCCUGUCUCAGGCCCACCACUCAGACUCAAUCGAAUCACUCAUGGCGGGGUUAAAUCAUCUGUCUCAGUCUAUCGACCAGAAGUCGGCAUCGCUGAAAGUCCUGGUGGAAGCAAACUUCGAGCGUUUUGUUCGCGCCAAGGCAACCAUCGAUAGUGUAUACACCGAAAUGCGAGAUCAGGGUGCGACAAAGGAGCAGAACCUGGCUCCCCGCAGAUCAGGACACUUCCGAAGCUUGUCAGGGCAACGGGGUCUCUCUCCUUCCCCCGCAGCUAUACCUCAUGUUGUCCCUAAAAAGACAGCGCUCGUUAAGGAGAGUGACUACGGAAUGAAAGGCAUUCGGACUCCCCUCGUGGAGGCGUCCGUCAAGGCUGAGGAAGUUUGGGGGCCCGCCCUUGGAGGUCGUGACCGGGAGCAGAUACUUAAAUCCGUCGUUGAAACUAUGGAGAAACAGCGCGAUGUAUACGAGAUUGGAAGUCAUCUGUCCAAGUCCAUCCAACAGCGUGACUAUGAUUCCGUGUUUGAAGAAUACACCAAGGCGAGGACACUGGCAAAUCGGGCGAAAACUAUUGUGGAGCAGGCCUCCAGCUCGCGUCGGCAGCUAUCCGAUCAUGAAGCGCAUACGAUCUUGGCGAUGGGGCGGAUGUGGAUGGACGUGGACGAGCAAAUCCAUGCUUUCAAGCGUGAUCUUUGGAGGCGACUUGGUGAUGCUCCAACGACUUCCACAACAAGCACUGUAUCGGGUCCGGUUGAAGAGCAUAUGGAGCUUAUUGGGGCAUUAUUGGAGUUGGGUGUCGACGAUAAUCCUAUUUGGACGUGGCUCCACAGCCGCUACGAGUUCCUCAAGACUAAGAUCACUUCAUUCUGUGACCGCUGCAAGGUGGAAAUUGAGAUUUUGAGACGUCGACUUGCUAGCGAGGACAAACCAACUGCUCAAGCCGUAGCAUCAUACCUUCGUUUAGCACCCCGUGACGGUGCAGCCGAUGUCCACGGAAACCUUGACACAGACCACGUCAUUGAGCUCUGGGACUGCGUCCAAGCGUUCCUCACCCGGCUCCUCUCAUCGCAGGGUGGCUUGCUGGGCGAGCUCUUGGAUUUCUGGGAAGUAGCACAUGCAUUCAUUGAUGGCAGUCGCCAGCGACUUCUCCCCGUUGGCUUUGAAGGUGAGAGCCGGAAACAUCAUCGCCUUACCCCUGCGAAUGUAGAGGACCUUGAGAGGGGUGCUGUGGAACUGGUUAAUUUGAUCCGAGAAAACGUUCUUGCGCUCUUCAAUGAUCCCCCGACCGAGGAUAUCUCCCUUCUCUCCUCCCCUAUUCCACAGACUCCAACAAGUCCGGCACCCCAUGGCGUCACGCCUACUGAGUCCCGAUUUAAAUUGGAUCCGAAGAACCUGCCUAUUCCUGCCCCUCAACGAGGAGAGCACUGGGAGGGCUUUGCCUUCUGGCCACCCUUCUCCAACUCACUCAGUGGCGUUCACUACUUGAGUAAAUUUCUCAUCAUUAUCGGUACAGCCGCCAGCGAGAUGGCAGCCCUGCGCCCAGUUACCCACAGUGGAUCAACCCAUGAUCUCCUAAAAUCCCUGGUGAGUGUUGCCCGGGACAGAUCUGCUCGGGUCGCAUGCACUGCAUGGAGUAAGGAUGCGGAGUCUUGCAAGAUGUUAGAGAACUGGACCAGGGAUUCCGAAAAGCGAGACUUGACUAAAAUGCCUGGCUUGUUUGUGGCCUUUGAGAGUGCCAUCCUGAGUGGCAUGCAGAAGAUUCUGUACAUCUCUGAAGCCAUGAGUAAAUCUGGGACAGUUGAUGUCGUCACUCAACCGCCUGCUAAGCUCCUCCAGAUGGUUCGCACACAAUUUGUGUCCAGUGUCUAUAAGGCACUUAGUGGGUUGGUUGAAAACGCAGAGCGAGUCGCAGCCUCAGAAGAAGGGAACGAAUGGGUUAUUAGCCGACCAGUCAUGUCAAGCCAGGCUCUUGAUGCCGCUUUGUCUGUGCUGGCGGCUGACUCUGUGGACUCACAGGACAGGAAUGUGAGAAUCCUUCUUACACUUUCCAACCUGAAAGCUCUUCAGUCCGAAUAUGUGCCCCAGUUGAUCUCCAACUUCGAAACUUCUUUCUCCGUUAAGUUGACCGAUGAGGCCAAGACAGUCCGGGAUGUCCUGAAGCAAAUUGAAGAUCGACUGUUUGUCUCAUACACAAGCCCGACCCUCGCCUUGUUGAAGAAGACAAUCUCUACCGGCAUCGAGUCUCCAGACUGGGUACCCAAGACCGAUCGACCUGAUCAGGUUCGCCCUUACGUCUACAAUACUCUUUUGACUCUGGUCUUGGUGCAUACCGAGAUCUCUACCACUGUACCAUCCACCGUAUCCCCGGGUGCAAGCCGGUCACCGCCAAAUUCCCCUUCGUCAUUACUGACCACCGUACUCACCCAUCUACUGGAGCAAAUCUCCGCGGCCUUGCUCAAUUCCUUCCGUGCUCGAUCCAGCUUCUCGCUUGCUGCUCUCAUGCAAGCCACCCUGGAUACCGAGUUCAUUGCGCAGACCCUCUCCCAGUACUCGACCGAAGAGGCAUCUGGACUCCAGAGUCAGAUCUACGUGGAGUUGGAUCAUCGCACGACCAAUGAAGCUCGCACCAAAUUGCAGGCCGACCUGGGCGAGAUGAGGGUUGUAUUAAAACGACUGAGAGACCGGACAAAGGGCGAGUUUGCCUGUUUCCGCAAGCCUCGCAGUGGAAACAAGAACCCUUCUGCAUAA